UGAGAACUUCAUUAAUAAACAAAAUUAUGAGAACAAAAUAUUCAAUACCAGAUCCAAUGAAACAAAUCGUGAAGAUUUUGACGUUAUUGCUUGCAGUAACUGCUGUUUGGAUAGGCUUGUUGCAGACAUCGACAAUUCCAGAGAGCUAUACUUGGCUGUUGCCUCUAUACCUCAUCGUGUCCCUCGGUUGCUAUGGUCUGUUAAUGGUUGGCAUUGGCCUAAUGAAUUUUCCCACAUGUCCUCAAGAGGCUCUUUUCUUACAACAGGAUAUUGUUGAAGCCAAGGACUUCCUGAAGAAAAAAGGGGUAGACGUUGGUGCUGAUUGAUUGAAUCUUGUUUAAAUCGCGGUUGUGGUUGUUUAACCUGUCAAAAAACACAUUCAGUGAAGAUGAAAAGUUAGAAGUCAGUUAUCAGUAACAUGCUUCAAGCAGGAACAUAACUGUCCUAGUUGAAGUUGGGAUCAAGAGAACAAGAGGCAUGGAUUUUUCUUGGCUCUGUUUUGAUUGUUUUACCAGUCUUUAAUCUUCUAUUUUAGCACUUCAUUUGAUACUAAGGAAUAUGAAGACCUGAGUUGUUCUUUUCCUAAUCAUUUUAGUAUUUAUUUAAAAACAGGUUACAGUUUUACUCCUAA